AUGUCUAUCGAUCCCGCCGACCCGAGUCCGCUCGAGAAAGACACGACCGAUGAUAAAAAGGAACAAUUCGCACCGCGAAACUCCCUCCCGACUAGCGACACCGGCCAACCAUCGGCAUCUCAUGCAGAAGACCCCGAACAGGCUGAUAGAGAGACAUUGAAGGAAAUACAUCGAGGCGGAAAGCGUGAACUCCUCGAAGAUGACUGCUACGAUAAGCUUGGCUUCUGUUUCCCUUGGUAUAAGAAGUGGGCUAUUCUAUCCGUCAUCUUUGCCGUGCAGAUGUCGAUGAAUUUCAACACCGGUGUAUACGCGAAUGCCGUUACAGGGAUAACAGAGGAAUUCGGGAUAAGUGCCCAGGCAGCGCGGGUAGGACAGAUGAUUUUCCUUGUAGCGUAUGCAUUCGGCUGUGAGCUUUGGGCGCCGUGGAGUGAGGAAUUCGGUCGGUGGCCGAUAAUGCAGCUUAGUCUUUUUCUCGUGAAUAUCUGGCAGAUCCCUUGCGCCGUGGCACCGAACUUUGGGACUAUUGUCGUGUGUCGAUUCCUGGGCGGGAUCAGCUCGGCAGGAGGGUCGGUCACGCUUGGGAUGACGGCUGACAUGUGGGAGGCAAAUGAUCAAGGCUAUGCCGUUGCAUAUGUGGUUUUAUCAUCCGUCGGGGGCUCAACAAUUGGUCCCUUCUUUGGAGGAAUAAUCGGCGAAUAUCUUUCAUGGCACUGGGUGUUCUGGGUGCAACUGAUCUUCGGCGGGUUCACGCAAGCCCUGCACUUCUUGAUCCCUGAAACACGAGCAACGAUCCUCAUUGACCGAGAAGCUCGACGCCGCCGCAAAAAUGGAGAGGAUGUAUGGGGCCCAAAUGAGCUCAAGGAACCACGGCUGGAGGCAAAGGACGUGCUACGAAUUUGGCGCCGACCGUUCGAGAUGUUCCUGCGCGAACCAAUUGUCCUCUUCCUAUCCCUUCUAUCUGGCUUUUCGGAUGCAUUGAUUUUCGUCUUUACCGAAUCGUUCACCCUCGUGUUCACGCAAUGGGACUUCAGUACCCUGGCCGUAGGAAUGUCCUUUGGCUCCAUUCUAAUCGGCUAUCUCAUUGCCUACUUCAUUUUCCUCCCGGAUAUCUGGCGCCAGCAGCAUAUUCGGCAAUCAGAAGGGUCUGGUUCUCGGCUUGCAGAACGUCGCCUUCUAUUGCUACUCUUUAUUUGUCCGCUUGAGCCCAUCGGCCUUCUGGGAUUCGCCUGGACAACCAUGGGUCCCGAAUACAGCCCCUGGAUCGCCCCAUGCAUCUUCGCCUGCCUAAUCGCCAUGGCCAAUUAUGCCAUCUACAUGGCCACGAUCGACUACAUGGUCGCCGCCUAUGGUCCUUAUUCGGCUUCUGCAACCGGGGGAAAUGGCUUCGCGCGGGAUUUCCUGGCCGGGAUUGCUACUAUGUAUUCAACGCCUAUGUAUGAGAACAUCGGAGACAGACUUCAUCUCCAAUGGGCGAGUACCUUGCUUGGGUGUAUUGGGGUGUUGGUUAUGAUUCCCAUUUACGUCUUUUACUGGAAAGGGCCGGCGAUUAGAGCACGGAGCAAGUUUGCUCAGACGCUCGAGGCAGAUCGGCAGCAGCAUCAGGGUCGUCGGAGUAGCUAUCAUAAAGGGUAUUAG